AUGAUUGGGGUCGGGGGGGCCCCCAUCGCAGCAGCCGCAGCCCCAGUGAGUUCAUGCGAGCUGGCCGACGGGGAGGGGGCCCCCGGGGGCCCCCCUACAGAGAUGCAUACAGUCCCGUGGGUAGCAGGGACCGCAGGUGGACCCGCGAGGGGGGGCCCCGCAGUCCGAGCCCUGGGGGGCCCCGGCGGCCUCCCUUCCCCCCCAGGAGGGGCCCUGAACCUUACAGAGAGGAUUGGGGUCGGGGGGGCCCCCAUCGCAGCAGCCGCAGCCCCAGUGAGUUCAUGCGAGCUGGUCGACGGGGAGGGGGCCCCCGGGGGCCCCCCUAUAGAGACGCAUACAGUCCCGUGGGUAGCAGGGACCGCAGGUGGACCCGCGAGGGGGGGCCCCGCAGUCCGAGCCCUCAGCGGGGGCCCCGCCGCAGCAACAGCCGCCACAGCAGCCGUCACAGCAGCCGCAGCCGCCGCAGCCGCAGCACCAGCAGCAGAAAAGAAAGGGGUAGGCCUGUUGUGGGGGGGGCCCCCUCUAGAGCAGCAAACUCCCGCAGACGCAGCAGCAGCAUCAACCCCGCGAGCAGGAGUCCUCCUCGGCGUAGCUUGA